AUUUAAAGCUUCCACAAAUAUCGCUCUGUGGACAGUUAUUAUUUUUUCUAGAUUCAGUGCACAUCAAAUAAAUGGCAUCAUUAUACAAAUAUAUAUCGUCACUGCGUUCGCCUAAAAAAGAAAUCGAAUUGUCGCCCAUAUUUAAAUUGGAUGUUAUCUGUUUUGCGGAAAUAUUCGAUCGUUUAUCGCUCGAUGAAUUGCAUAAAUUCGGGCAAACGUGUAAAAAAAGUCAACAAAUUGCCGGCGAUUAUUUUCAAUGCACUUACAAAUCAACCGAAAUCCGUUGUGCAACCGACGGUCUAAAUGCAUAUUCGUACAUUUUCUGUAGUGUUCAAUUGAAUGGUUUCAAUCGAUACAUACAAAAACUAUCAAUCUAUGGAAAUCGAAAUGAAAAUGAAAAUGACAUCAAUGUAUUCGAUUGUAUGCGUUCAAAUUGCGUGGAUUCAUUGCGUCACAUUCAAUUCGUCGAUGUUGCCAUGACGAAGAAAUCGGUGAAUUCAAUUCGAAAAUUGUUGAAAAAAGUGAACAUUUUGGAGAUCGAUACAUGUACCAUGGACGGAAAAUUGUAUCAACAUUUGUUGAAAUGUUGCAAACAAUUGAAACGGCUAAGUGUUCGACGAUUCGGCGGCAAUAUUAAGUGGUUGACAAAGCACUAUCCAGCGCUUGAACAUUUGGAACUUUAUCAAAUUGGAUUUAAGAUCGAUCAUUUGAAGGUGUUUUUCGAACGUAAUCAGAGUGUUCACAGUUUUGCGGUGGACGCAAAUUGUCUCUGGCAAAACGAACAGUCGAUUAUGGACGCCAAUUUCGAAUUGGACGAUUUAAUCGUCGACAUCAAUGGAUGGGAAUUUCACAUCGAAUCAAUUUGCAAAUUAUUGAAUCGAUUUUUCGAGAAACGAUUUUAUAGACGACUUUAUUUGUAUGCACCAUACAUUGAUGAAGAAUCUACCGCAGAAAUUGCUUCGGUACAUGGACUUGAGAAAUUAUUUUUAACAAGUCACAUCGCAUACGGGAUUGCUCUACCGAUUUUUGCCAAUUUGAAACAGAUGAGCUUUCGAUCGUGUCCUGAAUUCAUCGAAAUUGAAUCGUUUGCUGAGAAACUGGCCAGUUUAGAAAGGGUGCAUUUUGGACAAGCAACUUUUAGUGAUGUUUUACUGUUCAUUGGACGAUUGGUCACAUUGAACACAAUCAAAGUUGAUCAUUUUAAAAACGCACACGACUUUAACCACACUCUGGAUCUUAAAACAAUGAACGAACAACGUAAGGCAUUAUGUGAUGCGAGCAAAAUCAUUGUUUAUGUUGAAGAGACGAUUUAUUUGAACACAAAGUGGAUAACGAUGCCAGAAAUGACGAAUGAAUUGAGUCAAAUUGAAAUACAACGAAAUGAUUCAUGCGAAUGGAGUCAUCACUUUGAGUAUAAUCGUCGUACUUUUUAACUACGCCUUUUUGUACUAGAAAUAAGUAUGUUUUGCUAAUUGAUAUCAUCUUUUAUUUUGAAUUUCAUGAAAUAAUAAUAAAAAAGAAAAAAAAUUA